CUAGAAUCAAAUGAGGCUCUUAUUACCGAUUCGGGGUUUAAAUAUGUGGCGCUCUUACAUGACUUUCAAGUUUGACUAGAGAUUUCAUGCAUGAAAAUGCUUGUAAUGCGUUCAUACUUGAGAAUUGGUACUAUAGUAUUUACUCAUUGAUGCUGAUACCUACCUCCUAUCAGAGUAAGCCGUCUCACUUGUACCUGACGAUGCUGUUCUAUGCCCGUUACCAAGUGGGGAGAGUCCGACCGCUAGCUCAAAGUAGAACGAUGGUUUUGGCUUUAAUGGCUAUUAUGCCCCUAAAGUCCGUUGAGAGAUACUAUAUCAUCUUCGUUCGUUCACUUUAUACUAGACAAACAAACAAGAUUGUACAGAAAAGGUUAUACUUCUCUAUCUCAUUCCGUACUUCUAAUAUAAAAUCAAGAUGCCUACUCCAACAAGUGCAAUUAAGGUUGUCUUUGGGUCAAUGACCAUCGGUAGACCAGGUGAUGGAAUCCGUAUCACAACCGUUGAAGGCGCCCAGAAGAUCUUCGAUGUAUUCCAAGCACAUGGGCAUUCAGAGGUCGACUCUGCUCGUGUCUAUGGCGGCGGUUCGAGCGAAGAAAGACUCGCAGAAAUAGAUUGGCAAUCACGUGGCCUCAUUAUGCAAACCAAGCUCUAUCCCACCAAGCGAGCAAUGUCAUGGCUCACAAAAGAUACAUACUCUCUCUCUGCUGCCGAUGUCCGUCGUGGUUUCGAAGACAGCAUGAAAGCCCUGAACACAGAUCGUAUAGAGAUGUUCUAUCUCCACGGUCCCGACCGCAGCACCCCCCUCGAAGAUACCCUUAGUGAAGUCAACAAACUCCACCAAGAAGGAAGAUUCGAGCGUUUUGGAAUUUCCAACUUUACUUCCUGGGAAGUAGCUCGAAUCUGCGACAUUGCCGAGAAAAACGGCUGGGUAAAACCAUCUGUCUACCAGGGUCUUUACAACACCUUCAAUCGUUCCGUAGAAGCAGAACUUAUUCCCUGUCUCCGCUUUUACAACAUGUCUCUCUACGCAUUCCAACCACUAGCCGGUGGUUUCCUCACCUCGAAAUACCAUCGCGAUCAAACCGAAUACGAAGCUGGUUCCCGCUUCGAUCCUUCCAAGCCACAAGGACAAUUGCAUCACGGUCGCUACAUUAAUGAUCGAAAUCUCUACGCAUUGGAGGAUAUUCUUCGACCUGUGAUCAAGAAAUAUGGACUUACCGAGGCGGAAUGUGGAUUGAGGUGGAUGGCGCAUCACUCUUCCAUGAAGAAGGAAUUGAAUGAUGCUGUGAUUGUGGGAGCUAGUAGUCCCGAGCAGUUGGAGCAAAAUUUGAAGGAUUUGGAGAAGGGAGAAUUGCCGGAAGAGGUAGUAGAGGCGUUGGAGAAGUGCUGGAAACACAUCUCCGGAGUUUACAAGUAUUUUCAUUAGAGGAUUAUGGGGUAUGGCAAGCGCUUGAAAUUCCACUCGAAUGCCGAUGUAUAGAAUUGUAGAGACCGAACAAACAUCCAGGAAAAUUUAAUGUCUGAAUAAAUCUGAGAUAAUAGUUGGUUGUGCUUUAGAAUUUCUCGGCUAAAUGUGA